AUGAAAACGAAAAAGAAACAGAAGAAAAAAACGAUCAAAUCCAAUAAAAAAGCUGGCGAUCAACGAAAAAUUCCGCAUCCUAUCGAUUGGCGUGGAGGCGGGGAUGAAGUGGAGCAACACGAUGCUCUUGAGAAGAAGUAUAGGAAGAAAUUGGAAAAGAGGUUGACAAACGUGAUUGAAGAAUUACCAACUUUUCUGGAAAAGCUCGUGGCAAUAAUGGAGGAUCAAAAUCAGACAAGUGAACAUAUGUUCGCUAAGUUGGAUGCACUGGUAGCUGCAAGACUACAGGUUUACAAUGUGCUAAAUUUUGCUUUAAAGCAAGUCACAGUACAACCAUAUUCAAAUCGGAAUAGGCCUAGUCCACAGCCACAGCGUAGUCCACAGCAUGGUCCAGAUGGACGUGAUCCGUGUACCCCCAGAGGCAUUGGUAGAAUGGAAAAGCUCUACGAAUACGAACAAUAUGGUGGGUUGAAAUCGUGA